UACGGUUCGACGAGUUUUCAUGCAUGAAUCGGAUCAUCCCUUUGUCAUUCGGAACCAGGCCAACUGAACGAUGCAACUGACGUAUGGACUUCAUAUGAAAUUGACCAAUUACUAUGACGAUUCUUUUCUUCUGUCAAAGAAUUUUAUGAGGCUUUUUUUUAGCUAUACGUACGGGUGUAUAAUUAGUGGACUGUACCUGUUUGCCUACCACGCCCAUUCGUCAUUGGAAUAAGGUUGGACAAAUUAAACGUUGCGAUUACCGGACGGUUUUUCCUCCAAAAUUAUUUUGGAGAGGUAUUUAUAAGGUGAAGACUCUGUCAUCAUUUCAUUUGAAGCCUGCUGAUUUCAAACCGGUAAAAGUGUGAACAUAUCGCUUUCUACAAAGCACGUGAGAUAUUGCUUUUUGACCUGGUGGGGUUUUUGUCACUUUGAAGGAGUGCCCUAGUGUUAUUCAGUCACAAUGUAUAGUUUUUCUGAGUGUCCCUCAAGGGUGUCCUCUACCUCCGUUUUGACUUUAUACACCCUCGUCGUCAUCCUUUCAGUGGUCUUCCACGCCGACUGCUACUCGUCGGGUGCCCCGAUGACCGCCUGCAGUGGCGGAAACCCGAUUCACCACACCAAGGCCAGCAACCGUACCGAGAUGUAUGACCCCCAGCCGGCCAUUGACAACCCGUUCAGAUUCACUGCUGAUUCUACCAUCUACGAACCAGGCGAAAGUUUGAGAGUGACAAUCUCUGGUGAGAACGGGACUGUCUUCAGGGGCUUCUUCCUGCAGGCUCGGAUCCAUGGCACGAGAACAGCAGUUGGUGAAUUCACGGACCCACCGGCCCUCUCCCAGUUUGGGCAGUGUGAAACUCCAAGCGACUCAGUAACCCAUACUGGUAGAGAUGACAAAGAGGCACUAACCUUCCAGUGGAUGGCUCCGAACAGAUGUACAGGGAACAUAACAUUCAUAGGAUCGGUAGCCCUCGGUCAUUCCACGUUCUACGUCGACAUGACGUCAUCCGUAAUCACAUGCAAAGCUGGAUGUCUUCAAGUCAACAUCGGUGUAAUGGUAAUUUCUUUGAUGGUCACAUUGUUUUACAAAACAUCGGAAUGAUUAUAGACGAUACGUACUGUAAACUAUAUAUGCACUUUACAGGAAUUUGUGCACUAUUCAUUAACAUUAACAGGCCUCAGCUUUUAG